GAAUACAAAAAGAUUACGUCACUAUAUCGCUGACGUUACGCCGUUGUUAUUGACGUCAAUGACGUCGAGCGUCAUGGUAACAGGGUUGAACGUGUUUUGUCAAGUUGGGCCGGUAUCAGAUGGAUAAGUAUUAUUUAUUUAUUCAUUUUAUAUUUUAUUGUAAGCUUAACCACUUAUCAUAGCAUAUAUUUGCCUGGAAUGAAAUUAUCAUAUCAUUGUAAUAUGUGCCAAUUAUGACGUCCUAAAUGUACAUUUGUCGAGAGAAGAAUCGGCCACUGGUAGAAGAAGGUUGUUUAUACAACCAUACUCGCAUUGUUUUUGUCAUAUUUACACUUCAUUUGAAAUAUAUGAUUUGUUUAUUCAAUCUAAAAACAAGUCCAUUUAAAGUCCGGUUCCGUUGCCUAGGUAAUGCCGAAAUCGAGCCAGACGCUUAAGAAAGGCGUAGUGACGGAGGAUGAAGUGCGACCGACGUCGUCGGGACAUCGGUCGGGAUCUCAGUGCUCUGUGCCGACAGGUGUGAGAUCGGAUCCACAGUGCGCGUUCCUUGCCCGCUGCAGCAUCGUGACCGUCUACAACUUGGAGCAGAGGCUGGUGGGAGUGGGUCGGGACGUGCCGGACCGGGACGCUGUGUAUACCCUUGGGCGCGAGUCUGCGCAACUCUUCAGACAUCAAACGCUACCGAGGGGUUACACCAGCAUCCUCGCAUUCGAUCCGGACUCGAAAUCAUAUCAUUGGUGUGCACUGGGCGGGACUGGUUCCUCCACGGAAGUUUAUUACGUGAACAGCCGACCCACUUCCGGCCGAUGUCGGCCCUUCACCGCCGGACCAGACAGAUCGUCCAUCUCUUUAGAGCAGCCGGUCAGUCCAUUCCAGUAUCAGAAGUUACUCGCUCUUGGUUUCCGGCCCAGUACCCUCUUGCUGGACCCGGACUGCGUGUAUGACGCCACCAGCCACCGCGCUUGUAGUACGCAUGCGCCGCGAUCCCGGAAGGAGAGCCCGCAGAAACCGGAUGCAACAAGCGGGACCGCGGCGCGGAGCGCUGUUGAUCCACAAAUUGACGCGGCAACGCCGGAUGAUCUAGCUUGCCCUAGGCCGAUGUCAUGCGCAGUGACAAUAUCGACCGGAUCGCCCCAAGUCUGCACAUGCGCAGUGACACACCACCCAGUCGUCCGAAUGCCGCAGUUUUCAGUUUCCGGAACAACGAAAACGUGUGUCACUCGAAGGUGCAGCACCUUAUACAGACUCAACGUUCCGGUGCAACGUGUCCAGUUCAAUCCCCUCGAUAUCCGGUCAUCGCGACCAGGUGUCAAAUCCUGCUGGGUCGUCGAAUUUUGUACUUCAGCGGAUGUGGAAAAAUCUAUACAGUUGGGACUUAAGUGGGCACUGACCUGUUGGUGUUUUAUCCGCACGAUGACGUCUUUAGACGCGAAACUGCGACCUAUAGAAACUACAUGGAGGUUGUUAACGCCCACGCAGUGAUGGCGGCGUCUGCUGAUAACGCAGUGCGCGGGAAACUUUAACACGAAGUUUCCAACGGUCGAUGUCACUCGCAACCUUAAAGCUAUGAGCUAAUUGGAAUUGACUUUUUAUCCCCCGCCAUAGGCGGAGGGAUAUUGUUUUGGUGUUGUCCGUCCGUCUUUCCGUCCGUCCUUUCGUCCGUCCGGCACUUUUGUGUCCGGAGCCCUAUCUUUAAAGUGCUUUGGCGGAUUUCUAUGAAACUUGGUACGAGUAUAUAUAUGGAUAAGAGGAUGUUGCACGCCUAAUGGCAUUGUACACCAUCUGUUAAUAACAGAGUUAUGGCCCUUUGUAUCUUGGAAAAAUGCUUUUUUGUGUCCGGAGCCAUAUCUUGGUAGUGCUUUGGCGGAUUCAAUUAAACUUGGUAUGAGUAUAUAUAUAUAUGGAUAAGAGGAUGAUGCACGCCUAAUGGCAUUGUACACCAUCUGUUAAUAACAGAGUUAUGGCCCUUUGUAUCUUGGAAAAAUGCUUUUUAGUGUCCGGAGCCAUAUCUGAGAAGUGCUUUGGCGGAUUUCAUUGAAACUUGGUAUGAGUAUAUAUAUGGAUAAGAGGAUGAUGCACACCAAAAAGCAGUGUACAACAUUGGAUAAUAAAGGAGUAAUGGCCCUUUGUAUCUUGAAAAAAUGCUUUUUUGAGUGUCAAAUAUAACACUUUUGUGUCCAGAAGCAUAUUGGCGGGGAUAUCAAUUCAACGAAUUUGCUUGUUGAAACUAUGUCAUCAUGUUAAUUUGUGUCGUUUGGUAUAUGUACCAUAGCAUGUACCAAUAAUGAAUCGAUUUUUCAGGUUAAGAUUCAAGAGGGAUAAUUUCAUUACCGCCAUUUUAAUUCAACCAUCCACAUACAUUAAGGCACAACUAAGCUUCCCUUUUGUAGUUUCAGUUUUUGUUUGUUUUAAAUACUCAUAAAUAUAAUACAUGUAUUGAUAAUAAUAACGUAUAAUAUAUUGAAUCAUUUCCCACUUCAAACACACAAUUAUAUCAUGUAUACAUUAAACAGACUUAGAACAACUAUAAAUCAGAUUUGUUGUUAAGACAUUUUAGUUUAGGGCCCUCUCUUAUCAAAUAACGUCAGACACAUUUUGUGGACAGACCUACCAACAGACAGACAGACACGAUGAUGGACAGAGGGUAAGCCUACAGCCACCUAUAUCGGAAUACAUCUCUGAACACAAA